AUGAAUUCUACGUGUGACAGUUGUAAGACGUAUACAUUUGAAAUAACGAAUAUCAUAUUUGUUGUUGUGUACACCUUUUUAUUCAUUUUUAUUUGUGGAGGAAAUUUAAUGACUAUUAUUGCGAUAUGGAAGACAGAUGCAUUACGAUCUGUAUCCAAUUGUUAUGUGGCUCUCUUAGCUUUUUCUGAUUUUAUAGCUGGACUUUUAUUGCCGUAUCAAAUGCUUUUUGAGUUUCCAGAAGGUCGUAGAUUACUGGAUACUGUUAUGGAACUGUGUUUGUGGCGAAAUGUAACAUUUUUCGUUUCUGUGAAUUUGUCCAUUUGUUCAAUAGUAGUGAUUGCUUUUGACAGAGCUGUAUUUAUUGGACGUCCAUUCUUAUAUCAAAGGAUCGCUACUUACAAUCAAGCCGCAAUAGUAACAUGUAUCUGUCUAGCGAUAGCUGUUAUAGAUGGAACUGUUUGUUUGUAUGACAAUAGAUGGGUGCCUAACGGUGAAUGUCGGGCUGAAUUGGUACUGUCGAAAGAAUUCCGACUUUAUGGACAAAUUGUUCCUGUAAUGAUUUGUUUUGUUUUAGGUGGUUCGUGUUACGGUUAUAUUUUCUAUGUUGCGAAACAACAGCAGAAAUCGCUCCAGAAAGCUCAUCAUCAGACCAUAAUAAAUGAUUUGAAGAUUAUUAAAGUAUUAUUUUUAGUUUAUGGUAUAUUUCUAAUGUGUUGGCUACCAGUUGUUAUCUGUGUUACUAUUUCCAUUCCAAGCGACUUGCCGUAUAUUGCCCUUGAUAUAACUUUACCCAUUGCCAUUCUUAAUUCAGGCAUGAAUUUUAUGGUCUACGCUGUUAAAAAUAAAGAUUUUCGUAAGGCGUUUAAAGGGAUGUUAUGCUAUUGUUGUAAAAGGAAUGAAAUAACAAAAAUAGCACCUAUAAAUAGUAAAGUGUAA